ACUUCCUAUCUCAGCAAAGUCACAGAAUCUGUCACCGUCGUCCUGAGGGUUGGACAAGUUAGAUACAAGCCUGCUUGUUUUGUUUUGAAACCACGUGUCUACAUCAGUAAAAGUUCCUGCUUCUUAGGUCAUGUAAAUACAUACUAUAUUGUGAGGUUUACUGCUCUACUGCUGAGUUUUAGAGUUGCUGACGGGAGCGGGAGCUGCCGCCGGGUUAGGCACUCCCUGCGUUGGGAGACGCUGCCCCACCUCCCCACCUUCGCCGCCCGAGCUAGCCGAACGAGUGAGCUGGGCGGGGCUGCGCAGGGGCGCUGCGCACGGGCUCUGUUGCCGGAACUGGCCCGAGCGGCCUGGACGUGCGCGGCCCCGCCCCCGCGGGUGGAAACAAAGGGGGCUCCGAGCGGGGGAAGAGGCGGAGCUCCUAGGCGAUCCUGCGCUUGGCUGGCUAGAUAUCUCCCGGGGCCAAUUCAGCACCUCUACCUGGCCAUCCUAACAAGGUGAUUGGUGAAAGGGUGAGACUUGAGAGCCUGUUCCCUCUCCUCCCAAGUGAUCAGAACACUACCAUUCAAGAGGAUGCUCACUUCAAAGCUUUCUUCCAGAGUGAAGAUAGUCCAAGUCCUAAGAGACAGCGCCUCUCUCAUUCAGUCUUUGAUUAUACAUCAGCAUCACCAGCUCCCUCACCACCAAUGCGACCAUGGGAGAUGACAUCAAAUAGGCAGCCCCCUUCAGUUCGACCAAAUCAACAUCACUUCUCAGGGGAGCGCUGUAACACACCUGCACGCAACAGAAGAAGUCCUCCUGUUAGGCGCCAGCGAGGAAGACGGGAACGUCUGUCUCGACAUAAUUCCAUUAGUCAAGAUGAAAACUAUCACCAUCUCCCUUAUGCACAGCAGCAAGCAAUAGAGGAACCUCGAGCCUUCCACCCUCCGAAUGUAUCCCCCCGUCUGUUACAUCCAGCUGCUCAUCCCCCCCAGCAGAAUGCAGUCAUGGUUGACAUACAUGAUCAGCUCCAUCAAGGAACAGUUCCUGUCUCCUACACGGUAACCACGGUGGCACCCCAUGGGCUUCCACUCUGCACGGGCCAGCACAUCCCUGCUUGCAGUACACAGCAGGUCCCAGGAUGCUCAGUGGUUUUCAGUGGACAACACCUCCCGGUCUGUAGUGUGCCUCCUCCAAUGCUUCAGGCAUGUUCAGUUCAGCACUUACCAGUACCAUAUGCUGCGUUCCCGCCCCUCAUUUCUAGUGAUCCGUUUCUUAUACAUCCUCCUCAUCUUUCUCCCCAUCAUCCUCCCCACUUGCCACCACCAGGCCAAUUUGUCCCUUUCCAAACACAGCAGUCACGAUCGCCUCUGCAGAGGAUAGAAAAUGAAGUGGAGCUCUUAGGAGAACAUCUUCAAGUAGGCAGUUUUACUUAUCCCCCUUCAGCCCAUCCCCCAACAUUACCUCCGUCAGCUCCUUUGCAGUUCCUGACACAUGACCCUUUGCAUCAGGAGGUGUCCUUUGGAGUACCUUAUCCACCAUUUAUGCCUCGGAGACUCACAGGACGUAGUAGAUACCGAUCCCAGCAGCCAAUGCCCCCUCCUCCUUACCAUCCCAGCUUACUACCAUACGUGCUAUCAAUGCUUCCAGUACCACCUGCAGUGGGCCCAACCUUCAGCUUUGAAUUGGAUGUGGAAGACGGAGAAGUUGAAAAUUAUGAGGCCCUGUUAAACUUGGCAGAGAGACUGGGAGAGGCGAAACCUCGGGGACUGACUAAGGCAGACAUUGAACAGCUUCCUUCGUACAGGUUCAAUCCUAGCAACCACCAGUCAGAGCAGACUUUGUGUGUAGUAUGCAUGUGUGAUUUUGAGUCAAGGCAGCUUCUUAGAGUCUUACCUUGUAACCACGAGUUCCAUGCCAAGUGUGUUGAUAAAUGGCUUAAGGGAAACCGUACCUGCCCAAUUUGCCGAGCUGAUGCUUCAGAAGUGCAUCGGGAUUCAGAGUGACCAGCCUAAGAGCACAAAUUUAGUUUGGGUGUUCCUCAUCACAUGUAUAUAUGGACUAUCCAUUGAACUUAACCUGUGUGGCUUCCAGCCCUCCCUUUACCAAAAGGGUCAAUGGACCUUUCUUUGCACUGUGUGACUUAAUCAACUAUAAAAGCUUACCAUUAGUCUUCACAAUUAUGGGAUGUUAUACUAACUGUGUGAUUGGAACUCCAAAGACCUUUUCUUUAGCUUAAUUUUGUGUGUGCACUAACAUUCCCUGGUUUUUGUGUGAUCAUUCCGAGUGUUGCUGCAAGAUUACCGUGGACGUGAUCUUUUAGCAUGUGCUUUUAUAAAAAGUGGUAGCUCCAGAUGAUAUAGCAAUCUACCUUAUAUAGAGCCUUCAGAAACUGUGAGUGGAAGUGAGUGAAGCGUAUGACUGCUGGUGAUCAGUGAAUCUGUGAGAGAGUGUGUGCAACUACAUGUAUGGGGGCAUGGUAGCUACUGUGUGUGUGAGAUCCUAUAUACCAGCAUGUACCAAGAAUGUGUGUGUAGUUUUAAUUAUGCUGCAAUGUAUAAUCUGGUGUGUUAUUUAAACAGCACUAGUACUGUACACUGGUUUUCCCUUGUGUUUGCUGUUGCACACUGAUUGCUAAGGGUGCAUCCAUUCUAAGCAUUGAAUACUCCAUCCCCUUCCCUCCCAAUGAAUGGAAUGAGAAAAGCCUUCUUCCUUUGCUUCAGGCAGCUGUCCCCUUCUCUUCCUUGGUGAUCCUGAGUGGGUCGCUUAAGGAAAAAGUGUCAGAUUCUCACUCCAUGACCUGAUUUUUUUUGUUUGUUUUUUUUUUUGUUUUGUUUUGUAAUUUUCAAUUCUAUUGUAAAAGAAACUUAAGUCUCCAACUUGCUGUUUCCAAAAAGGUGCAAUAUCAUAUACAUCAUUAGCAAUAUUAGCAUUUCAAUCAGCGAUAUGAGUGUUUGUUGUUUUUCCUUUACAUUUCUUGUAGCUUCCUUACAGAAAGGACCUGUGUUUUUAUUAAUGUGUAGAUUUAUGGUCUGUUCUGAAGAUGUUUGAGUAAUAUAUUUUUAAGAACACCACUGGUCCUGUAAGUCUUGCCUCCUUGGCUUCUACUAGAGCAAAAUCUGCUAACAAGUCAGCCUGGCUUCUGGGUGUGUUCUUCACUCAGGCCUCCAUGGGCAACAGUGGUUUCAGGAGAACUGUUUGUUUCUGUGUGAAUUGAGUUGACACACUCCAGUCCUGAGCUGGUCUGCCUCUUCCCUCAGUAAACCUCACCGAAACCUUGGUUUCAGGAUGGAUCAAGUGCUGUGACAGCUCAUUUCUCAGGCCUGGCUUGCUUUGAUGUAUUACUCUUCUUUUAAUUUAUGUUAGAACAAGAAAAGCUUAAUACAACAGGUGCCCAGAAUACUUGCAGUGUAAAUGAAGAUUGGACUUUUGUAUAAAAAGAUAAUGCUGUCAAACGGGAACUGACCUUUAUUGAAUCUGAAAUGAUACAUAGCUGUGUGUGUAUAUAUAUUUUUUAAAAAUAGGUUCAUUGAACAUAAAUGAGAUUGUUUGAGGUCAUUUUUCAGCAACAUUGGAUUCCUUUCUCCUCGGUGUGCUCAGCCUUCUCUGCAGCCUCUGUGAGCUGUCAGCACGUGUGCACUCGCAGCCACUGCUGACGCCUGGCUGCCAACCUCACUCAGCUCACAGUGGGCUCCAGGCCUGUUUUUACUCAGACAGGGACAGUGUUCACCUACUUGAUACUGCCGUGUUUCUUACCCUCCCUUGAAGUUUCUCUAAGCUCAUCACAGCCUAGAGUUCAGGAAAGUUAAUCCACACAGAAGCACAAUUUUGUCCUCUUCCAGACACUGUUGCCUCUACCUAGUUAGACAAAUAGGAUUUGACCUACAUUCUGCUGCCCCUAGGUUUGUGUUAGUGUCAGAAACACUUAAACAGUGGUAAAUGCACACGUUACUUUUAAAUCAUUAGGGUAACUCCUGUCCGGUUCCUAACGAAUAAGAGGGGUGUUAAAUACCAAGAUUAUUGACCUAUAUACUAAUCAGCUCCAAAUCACAUACAGUUUAAUCUUUAUUUUUUAAUUUAAAGAAAUCAUGUUUAAAAUGGUAAAACUCCAUCUUAUAUAUAGACUUUUGUAUAGCUUCAAGAACUUUAUACCUGUACAGCUCUAACAUGACACUGCUCCACUCAGUAUUCAUCCUGUUGACGCGCACAGGUGAGCACUUUCCUAACUCCUGCAGACAGACUGACUGCCAAGGCACACUGUGCUCACGACUGGAAAGGAGCCUUUUGUUCUUCUAUCAAUGUUUACCAUAAAGUCCCUUUCCCAGUAGAUUUUUCUUUCUUUUUUAAAAGAGGUGGUUGGCAAUUUAGGAGGCAUCUGGGUCUGUCCUGGUAAAGUCCUGCUGUGCUGCUGUCUCCUGGGAAUGUCUCGGCACGGAGCUCUCGAGGCUGUGCAGACCUGCUCAUGGAGGGCUUAGGCUGUCUUAGGUCUCCAUGGCCUCGGUGAGCAUCUUUGUGGCUAACAAUGGGGAAGUGCAGGUGUCUGCGGGCCAUCCCCACAUGGGGAGACGCGCCAGGCGGCAGAGGAUGUGGUGGCCAUCCUUCUAGGACUGAUUGGCAUCGCCGUCCUAACCCAGCUGUGGAGCUUUUGUAUGAUUUAAUUUGGGGUUUUGCUGUAUUUUCCUUUGGUUUGGUUUGGUUUGGUUUGUUUGGGGUUUUUUGUUGUUGUUGGUUUUUGUUUUUGUUUUCGUUUUUGCAUGAAUCGCGAUAUUUUGUACUUUUAAAAACUCCAACUUCCACAAAACAACUCAAGGCCUCCAAGUAUCAAGAUGUCCUGAAAAUUUUUUUUUUCUUUUAGCAGAAUCUGAAAUUAGAUUUUGUACACUCCCUGGAAUGUAAUUGUUAACAUUCUCACAUUUGGGCCUCUUCACAUACCGUCUGCCUGCCUGCUUCCUUCUGAGAAUAUUUUCCCAGUAUCUCCAGGCCUUCUUUAGUCUGUCCCACCGUGCAUCUGCUUACCUCAUGGCGCUGUUUGUUUCAGAUUUUGAAAGCUCACAGGUGUUUGUUGGAAUCAUUUGCCGAGUCAUUUCCUCAAAUCCUAUUCCAUUGUGUCAGUUAACAUAGAGUUUUAAAUGUAUGUAUUAUAAAUACCUGUAACCAAAAUCAUUUGAAGGCUUGAUAAAUUUUUAACAAAGUUUGUACAUUUUUUAUGAAAGUUACUAGUAACGCUUUACUAAGUAGUGCAAUGAAUUUUUAUUUUUAAUCCCUGUGCCCAAUUUUGGAGUUUGAGAGGGUUGUUGGUAAUAAAUGUAUGAUGUACACUUCAAACCUAA